AUGGCGAACGACCGUGCUAUCGCACCCAGGACGCAGUUGGCCAAUGCAGCCCACGGCCAGCAGCAGUUGCGCGCGAUAUUCACAUCCUUGAACGGGGAUAAUUCAUGGCUUCUUUCCUUUCCACGUCCAAGUAAGGAGCGGAUUACCAGCGGGAAAGCAUACUACCACAUCGUACAUGACCCAUGGUUCAACGGUCCUGUCAAUCUAUUGGGGAUAUGGCUAGCAAGCUUCAGCCUGUCGUCUCCACCUGCUGUCAAUAACGGCAGCGAUGUAGAAGGCAUCGCGCGCGACGUCGAAGCUGCAGCCGCAGACGCCGGGAUCCUUCCUACCACAGCACCCAUCACUCAAGAUGCUUCACCGAUUGAUGCGAUCUUCAUACGCUUCCACUACGACGAUCAUCUGCACAAGCCGACUCUGCUGACAUUCGCAUCAAGCAUACCCGUGUUCGCGACAACAGAAGCGAGCGCGAUCAUUCGCGGCUGGAACCACUUCGACAACAUCAUCACUACUAGCGACCUCGAGCCGGGUAUCUUCAACGGCGACUGGACAUCGCUUCAUCCAGGCAGCCCAUUACCAACCUGGCUAACCGUCUUCCGAGCCCGCGGCCACCACGAGCUUAACUUCGCCAGCGCAAUCAUUUACACGCCUUCACCGGACGCACACGAAGCGGUAUUGUACUCCCCGCACGGCAUGCGCACCUCCCAGGAGUCUCUGCAGACUCUUUUGCAUCGGUCAGCGCCGGAGUUUAAGGUGCUUGCCCUCCUCCACGGGCUCAAAGAGAGCUGGACGUUCAACUGGCAGACCACGUUCGGCGUUGCGACGGGGUUGGAAUUGCAAAGGCAGACGGAUGCUAAGUACUGGAUUGCGACACACAACUCGCCGCUGAGGUAUCGAGGGCUGUUGUGGAUGAUUGUUACGGAUAUCUCCCGAACGCUGGAGUGGGCGCUGGGCAAAGAGAAUGCACAGGAAUCAGAAGAGAAAGAAGUCAAAGUUGUUGACGUGGAGAACGGAGGGUUCUUCGUGCUGAAGUAG